GACUGCCAAUAAACGACAAAGAAGAAGAAGACGUAUUAUACCGCCUGACGUCAUCGGGCCACCUGUGACGUAACAUCCGCUUCCACCGUUUGCAUCUCGCGCACAGACGGAGCAGCCCGCGAGCCCCUCAUCAGAUUCAGAGUCUUCACACACCGAGCAUCAUGGCCAGCCAAGCGAUGGACCUCAUAGCGAAGGCGUUGGAGCACUCGGCCAAGCUGGUGGAGGAGAAGGUGGAUGCACAGCUGAGCAAACUGAACGAGAUGGAGGAAGACGAUUUGGAAAGAUUGAAGGAGAGACGAUUAGAGGCGCUGAAGAAAGCCCAGAAACAGAAGCAGGAGUGGUUGUCUAAAGGUCACGGAGAGUACAGAGAAAUCUCAAGUGAGAAAGACUUCUUCGGCGAGGUCAAGGACAGCAAGAACGUCGUCUGCCACUUCUACAAAAAUUCCACGUUCAGAUGUAAGAUCCUCGACAAACACUUGGCCAUCUUGGCGAAGAAGCACGUUGAGACCAAGUUCAUCAAACUGAACGUGGAGAAGGCUCCGUUCCUGACGGAGAGGCUGCGGAUUAAAGUCAUCCCCACGCUGGCCUUGCUGUUAGACGGCAAAACGAAGGACUACGUGGUUGGAUUCACCGACCUCGGAAACACAGACGAGUUCCCCACAGAGAUGCUCGAGUGGAGGCUCGGCUGUGCCGAUGUCAUCAACUACAGCGGUAACCUGAUGGAGCCUCCGACGGUGACGCAGAGGUCGGGCUCAAAGUUCACAAAGGUGGAGAAGAAAACCAUCAGAGGACGAGGUUACGACUCGGACUCCGACUCUGGAGACGACUGAAGAGCUCCGGCAGUCGUCUGGGUUCCUCUCUCAGGGCUACCUCAGUCACAGGAAGUCUCGCAGACAGCCCGCCUUGGUUUUCUUCUUCCCGCUCUCUCAGUGACUUCUUCAUUAAAUCAUUGUAUCAUCUCUUUCUGUAGAAGCCGGUUUGUUUCUGCCUUAUUUAAAGAAUCAUCUGUGUGUUUUAUGUUUGAAGAUCGACGUGUGUCACCAAUCACGUGUCGGCUCCAGUCUCUGUUACGUUGUUGAUUUUGUGUCUUGGAUUACAGACGCGCUCAUUUAGGAUAGUUUGUUUUGUUUCGUGCUUUUCCUUUUGUAACCCUGCAAGUCUGAUACUGAAACAGAAACCACGAUGCACGAGUGCCAAGCAUCAAAGACCUUUUCACACGACAUUUCCUUGUAGCAAGAGUUUGACAUGAAAGAAAUUAAAAAUGUGUGACGGUGUG